UGAGUGACGAGAUAGAACCGGAAAACUACAAGUCCUAGCAUGCUAGCUGCUAGCUGUCUAAAGCUUUAGAGCCAUCAACACGGAAGUACAGAGAAGCUGCAAAGAUGCUAAAAGCAGUCAUCCUUAUAGGAGGUCCUCAAAAAGGUACCAGAUUCCGCCCUUUAUCCUUUGAGGUCCCCAAGCCUCUGUUCCCAGUCGCAGGUGUCCCUAUGCUACAGCAUCACAUUGAAGCUUGCAGCAAGGUGCCAAAUUUGAAGGAAAUAUUGUUAAUAGGAUUUUAUCAGCCUAAUGAAUCUCUGAGCCGUUUCCUUUUAACAGCCCAGCAGGAGUUUAAAGUAGGCAUUAGGUACCUACAGGAAUAUUCAGCUCUGGGUACUGGUGGUGGAAUUUAUCAUUUUCGAGAUCAGAUUCUGUCAGGAAAUCCUCAGGCUUUCUUUGUGAUGAAUGCAGAUGUGUGCUCAGAUUUUCCCCUGCUCCAGAUGUUGGACUUUCAGAAACAGCAUGGAGACACUCACGAUUACAUCAUGUUGGGAACCACAGCCAAUAGGAAACAGUCACUGAAUUACGGCUGCAUUGUAGCAAAUGACGAAACUCUGGAGGUUUUGCACUAUGUAGAGAAACCCAGCACAUUUGUCAGUGAUAUCAUCAACUGUGGGGUCUACCUUUUUUCACCAUCUAUCUUCCAGCACAUUGCAGAUGUCUUCCAGCGGAACCAGCAGGAGCUGCAGCUCGAGGAGAACUCAAGCUGGCAGCGGGCUGAGGUUAUUAGACUAGAACAGGAUGUGUUCACAACUCUGGCUGGACAUGGCAGGCUGUACGUCUACAAAACAGAUGGUUUCUGGAGCCAGAUCAAAUCUGCUGGCUCAGCUAUUUAUGCCAGCCGUCUUUACUUGAGCCAGUAUCACACAACACACCCAGAGAGGCUCUCACGUGACACAGAGGGUGGCCCCACAAUCCUAGGCAAUGUGUACAUCCAUCCAACAGCUAAGGUGGAUCCUUCUGCCGUGUUAGGCCCUAAUGUCUCAAUAGGCAUGGGGGUAAUGGUUGGAGCUGGUGUACGAGUCAGAGAGUCCAUUAUCCUGCAUGGAGCAGUGCUUCAGGAUCACAGCUGUGUACUAAAUACCAUUGUGGGAUGGGACAGCAGUAUUGGUCGCUGGGCUCGAGUGGAAGGAACACCCAGUGACCCCAAUCCCAAUGACCCUUAUGCAAAGAUGGACAGUGAGACACUGUUCCGAGAAGGGAAACUCACGCCAUCCAUCACAAUCCUAGGUUGUAACGUGUCAAUUCCAGCAGAGGUGGUGAUUUUAAACUCCAUUGUUCUCCCACACAAGGAACUGAAUCGCAGCUUCAAGAAUCAGAUUAUACUGUAAUAGCAGAGCUGGUGCAGCAACCAUGUGCUUGGAAACUAAGUGAAUUUGUGUUCCAGUAAAGAACAUGAUCUGUCCUCAUCAGAGCCUCAAGCGGUCUCGGUAGCUGUUUUAAACUUGGACACAUUUUGCAGCAUCAUUGCCUUUGAGAACAUUACAUUAGACCAGUUACAAAUUGUUUCUUCCCUUUAAAACCCAACGAAAUGAGAGCUUGCAAGCAGUGCUGCUUAAAGGUUUACAGAUAUAUGCUGCACAUUUAAAACGCAUCUGGCCUCUGGGUAAAGUGUUCCUUGUAAUUAGAUUAGAUGUAUAGAAUGACCUGACCUGUGGCUGAUGGAUAUUUUGGCCUCAGUUGAAAAUAUUAUAAAAUAUAAGACAUAAACAAUGAAGCAGCCCUGCAGCACAGAAAAUAUUUUUUGCAUAAAAGGUGAUUUGAAGACUUGAAUACUUACAUUAAAAGUACACAGAAAUGCUGCAGUACAUGGUUUAAAUGAUUUGUGUUUUAGGUUUUGUGUCUAUAAGAGGAACCUAUUAUUGCAUUAUUCAGGUUCGGUGUGCUAAACUACAUAAUAAAACCAUGUACAUAAAGAUAAUGGAAUCAUGGACAGUGCAUGCCUCUGACAGACUUCUGGUGACCUGCACGGAGAUGUAUCAGGAAAUAAAGAUGUCAGAGAAUAAACUGCCAUUGCAAUUGAACAUUUGUACCAUAUUACUAAUAAAUAAUUUAAUUGUG